CACUCCUCAUUCAUCUUGAUUGGUGAAUGUGGGCAUUGAGGACUUACUAACCGCUCGGAGUGACGAAGGGUUGGCGCCAGGGUGUCACCGGUAUUUGCUAUCGACUGCUUGUGCAAAUCCAUUUGAAACAGCUGAAACACCAACAUCAUGCAUGCUUGGUUAUAGUAAGAACCGGAUUUAUGGCUCCUGGCCUCGUGGUGGGCCUCACCCUAGUAUUUUCAUUGUCACAAAGCUUGAGAGUCAAUAGCGUCAAUUUGAUAUUGAAUCGCGUGAAUUGCAAGCGAGGCUCGACUAGGGCUAAAAGCUACCUAGGUGUCUUGUCAAGUGGCAUCCCGUCGAGGUCGACUGAAGAGUUAAACGAGGAUGAAUACGUAGUCAGGGAUCCAGGUACGCAUGCUGUUAGGGAGCGCGCUCCCAAUGAAUGCUUAAUCAUGCACACAUUCACGUCAAGCUUUCAGAAUCGCAGGGCCGGCACCCCGAAAAUCAGUGACUCGUGUAUGCGGCAGCUUUGGACUGAAUGCAAGACCUUGACAUCGUGUUCCCAAAGUGACAAAGGCAUAAACAAGUUCUCCGAUACGUUCCAAAGUCCUGGUGAACAUGAGAUUUGUUUGGUGCUUCGGGUAGGCGCGCAUCCACACGUUGAUACGCAAGGAGGCGAGAAAUGACCAAGUUUGUUUACGGCUGUUGCUCCGCCACGCAGCGGUGUUCCUUAGCACAUACUUUGGGUGGUUCCUGCAAAGAUGCCUGCACCCAAUACCUGGGUAGUCCAUGUCCCCUGCGAAGGCAAUUCCACCAAGAACACGCGUUGAACAGCGGGUGGCAUCAACAACUAACAGUGCUGUGUGACCGCGAAGUGAA